GGGGAGAGCGAGGACCCUGCGGGCUCGGGCCUGAGGACUCUUCUGUCUGCCUCUUUCCUCUGCUGUGGGUGCUUUGGCUCGAAGCGUCCAGGAUGUGCGGCAGCUUCCUGAGGCGGGUGGCCGCGGAGGAGAGCCGGCACCCCACCCCCGUGGGCCGCCUCCUGCUUCCCGCGCUCCUGGGGCUCCGCCUGGUGCUGCUGGCCGCCGGCGGGACGGGGGUCUUCGGCGGCGGCGAGGAGCAGAGCGAGUUCGUGUGCCACACCCAGCAGGCGGGCUGCAAGACGGUGUGCUACGACGCCUUCCACCCCCUCUCCCCGCUGCGCUUCUGGGCCUUCCAGGUCACGCUGGUGGCUGUGCCCAGCGCCCUCUACAUGGGUUUCAUUUUGUAUCACGUCAUCUGGCACUGGGAGGCAUCGGAAAAGGGGAAGACGGAAGAGGAGACCCUGAGCGGCCAAGGGGAGAAGGGCGGAGAGGCCUCGGGCGCUGGCAGCUCCAGGCUGCUCUGGGCGUAUGUGGCACAGCUGGGGGUGCGACUGGCCCUUGAGGGGGCAGCCUUGGGGGGGCAGUACCACCUGUACGGGUUCACGAUGCCCACCUCCUUUGUGUGUCGUCUAGAGCCCUGCCUUGGUAGUACCAACUGUUACCGCUCCCGCCCCUCUGAGAAGACCAUCUUCUUGAAGACCAUGUUUGGGGUCACGGGGCUCUGUCUCUUGUUCACGCUUUUGGAGCUUGUCCUCCUGGGCCUGGGGAGAUGGUGGAGGAUCUGGAGGCACAAAUCCCCCUCUUCUAAUUACUCCCUGACUUCAGAGAGUGUCAAAAGACGCAAGGCACCAACGGAUAACUUCCCGGUGGUGGAAAUAAGAGAAAGGCCUGGAGAACCAGGUGAGAGGGGCUCUGAGGUCCCUCCUUCUGCCCGCCCCUGAUGAACGGGUCCUGAAGGUCCCCCACGUGGGUCCUUCACCCUCUGGGGAGCACAACGCCCCCACGCUAUAAAGUAAAAAAGCAGGUCCUCAGCAAGUGUAUCCUGACCACCCAACAGCUGGAUGGUUCCUUCCAACGAAUCAGGGCCAGAGUGCUCAGCCCAUUUUACCUCCUGCCCUUCCGUUAGGUCUCUUCCCAUUUAGAAGAAGUCUCAGCUUUUGCAGGGUUAUGAAGACACCUGGCUCCGCUGUGAAGGAAACCCAGUGAUCAGCUCUUGGCCCAGACAUCCAUUGAGUGGGGGUUUACCUCCAUGGCAAAUGAAAGGGUGUGGUUGUGAACCCAAGAGCCGCGGUGGCGGGGCGUGGGACCUGGUGUCCGAAGCUUUUCCUUGGAGAGUCCUGUCGUGCCUUCUCACCAGAAUUCCCUGGUGUCAGCAUCACAGCUUUCACAGGCUUGUUUCCAGAGCUGGCCAGCGGAAGCCUCCAUAAAACAGUGCCUUUCCCUGUCCUGCACGUUAAAUACUGACCACAGAGCUGGCAUUCCUAUUGCGGAGGACAGUCCUCUUUCCUGUCUCAAUGGGUGUCCUCCUGUUUCCAGCUGUCCACAUCCUCUGCUCCCCCCACCUUCGAAGUCCUGUAAUCAAAAAUGCCUCCAGUCUUGCCGCAUAAAUCUUAUUCAGAAACCCUGGCUUUUCAUGCAUAUAUAACCCAGGGUCCUUUGAUAUGUAGAUUUGAUGUAUUCAAACACUUGCCUACACUCUUUUGGAAGAUCACUAUGACUGCUUUUUAAAUUCAUAGUCCUCAGUAUAACACAGAAAUCACUACUGUUGAUUCAGGGAUAAUAGUAAGGGACAUUUAUAUCACAGUAUGAUUCAGUAGGUAAUCUAACGCUGAAUAUCAGGCUUCUUUUUUCUUGAGUUUCUCAGUCAUUUCGGUCCAAAAGCUUCCCAGCUCCCACCUUUUUGCAGAAACACUUCCUUUCUCAGUUCUUCCUUGCCCUCAAAUUCUCAACAAUGAGAGGUUCCUAGGUUUGGAAAUGGAAUCGAAAAGGAUCUUCCAGUAAAUUAGGAAGGUUUAUUCCAAAGGAAAGACAUCUGGUUCCCCAGACACUCUGGCAACAGCUAUCAAAAUAAUAAUGUUUUCUUUCUGCUACACAGUGUUUCGUAAAGAAUCCGGUAUCUUGUAUAGCCAGAGCCCAGCCAAGUGACCAAGGAAAUGAAAAAGCAACUGACAUCAUUCUGAAUUUCUCCUUGAUGAUGUUCCUUUUUUUUUCUUUCCAUUUAUUUUUAUUAGUUGGAGGCUAAUUACUUUAUAAUAUUGUAGUGGUUUUUGUCAUACACUGACAUGAAUUAGCCAUGGAUUUACAUGUAUUCCCCAUCCCGAUCCCCCCUCCCACCUCUCUCUCUACCCGAUCCCUCUGGGUCUUCCCAGUGCACCAGGCCCGAACACUUGGAUGAUGUUCCUUUUUAAAUAGCUUUAUUGAGGUGUAGGUUACAUACCAUAUAAUUCACCCAUCUGAAGUAUACAAUUCAAUGACUUUUAGUAUAGUCACAGAGUUGUGUAUCCAUAAUACCAACAGUUUAAGAACAUUUCAUCAACUCAAAAAGAAACCCUAAAAUACUUAGGUUUUACCCCCAAAUCCCCGUACCUUUUCAGACAUAAGCAACCACUAAUCUACGUUCUGUCUCUACAGAUUUUCUUAGGGUGGGCUUUUCAUACAAAUGGAAUCAUACAGUAUGUGGUCUUUUGUGACUGGCAUCUUUCAGUUAGCAUCAUGUACUUCAUUCCUUUUAUGAUUGAGUAUUAUUUCAUCGUAUGGCUAUACCACAUUUUAUUUAUUCAUUUUUGAGGUGGUGGACAUUUGGAUUGUUUCCACUUUGGGGCUACUAUGAAAAAUGGUGCCAUGAACAUUCAUGGACUAGUUUCUGUGUGAACACAUAUUUUCAGGGCUCUUUGGUAAAUACCUGGGAGUGAAGUUGCUGGGGGAUGUGGUAACACUUCUGUUUAACCUGUUAAGGAGCUGUCUAACUUUUUCCACAGCAGUUGUACUAGUUACUCCUUUAUAUUCCUAGUAGCAAUGUGUAAAUGGGUUCCAAUUUAUCCAUAUCCUUGCCAACAUUUGGUAUUGUCUUUUUUCCCAAUUUGAUUUUUAAAUUCUAGCAGUCCUAGUGGGUGAAAUGAUAUUUCAUUGUGGUUUUGAUUUGUAUUUUCCUAAUGACUAAUGAUGUUGAGCAUCUUUUCAUGUGCUUAUUGGCCUUUUGUACAGCUGCUUUGGAGGAAUGUUUAUUUAAAUCCUUUGCCCAUUUAAAAAAAUUGGGUCAUUUGUAAUUUUGUUGUUGAGUUCUUCUUGUGUGAUCCUCAUCACAAGUAUGAUUCCAAAUAUUCUCUCCGUUCAGUGGGUGGUCUUUCACUUAACUGACAGCGUCCUUUGAUGCACAGGUUUUUAUUUUGAUGAAAUCCAGUUUAUCAAUUUUUUUCUUUUGUUGCUUAUGAUUUUGGUGUUAUAGUUAAGAAACUAUUGCCUAAACCAUGACUAUGAAGAUUACAUCUACCUUUCCUUCUAAAAGUUUUAUAGUUUUAGCUUUACAUUUAGGUCUUUGAUUUUGAAUUAAUUUUUGUAUAUGUUAUGAGACAAGGGUCCAACUUCAUUCUUCUCCAUGUAGAUAUCCAGCUGUCCCAGCACUGUUUGUUGAAAAGUUUAUUUUCCCUACAUAUAAUAGUUUUUGGCACCAUUGUUGAAAAUCAAUUGCUUGGAGAUGUAUGGCAUUGUUUCUGUACUCUCAAUUCAAUUCCAUUGAUCUAUAUAUCUAUUCUUAUGGCUGUACCAUGUUUUGAUCACUGUAGCUUUGUAAUAAUGUUUGAAAUUGGGAAGUAUCAAUCUUCCUGCUUUGUUCUUCUUUGUUGAGAUUGUUUAGCCAAUUGGGAUCCCCUGAAAUUCCAUAUGAAUAAAAUUAUAAAUUAGGGAGCCUCAAUAUUUUCAGUUAAGAAGGAUGUUCAUUUCACAAGUAUGGCAGGAUUGAAGACACAGAGACAUUAAGGAGAUACAGUUCAAUACAAAGGCAGACAUACAGACACACAGACACACCACAGACAGUCAUAUUUGCAUCAGUAACAGAUAAGAGCACCUCUUCUUGCUUGGCUCAUAUUUGAAACUCAGAUUCCUUCUCUCUCUUUUUUUCUCUCCCUUUUUUGGCUGCACUGUACAGCUUGUGGGACUCAGGAUCUUAGUUCUCCCCACCGGGGACCAGGAAUGGAACUUGGGCUCCACAGUACAGGUGCAGAGUCCUAACCACUGAGCCACCAUGGAAUUCCCGCAGAUUCCUUCUCAAUAUGGUAUUCCAAUUCACAAAGAAAAUGCAGCUAUCAGUUUUAUCAUUUAAACAUUUAAGACAUUCCAUAGAACUUCCAUCAAAACCCCAAAACAGCGAUCACAGGAACCCCCUGUCCACAUCACCUGAUCAUACAGUCGGUAACCACUUAUGGAGCAUAUUACACGAAAGGCAGGAUCUGAUUUGGGGACACAAGAAGAAUGAAACAUUUCUUUCAUAAGAAAAGGAAUAGAGUGGGAAGAAUAAACAACUGAGCACCUCAGAAACACAAGAUCAAAACUCCACGGAAGAGAAACAGAUAAUUCCCUGAGACGGGCAAGCAUCUUGCUUGUUGAAAGCCUCAGUGGAUGCUCCUUUGGAGAGCAAAAUGGUUACUGUCUUCAAGUUGGGUAACAAAAGUCAAUUCACUUGUGCUUCUGAAUCUUUUUUUAAAUUAUUUAUUUUAUUUUUGGCUGUGCUGGGUCUUGGCUGCUGCGUGGGCUUUUCUCUAGCUGUGGUGCCCAGGCCUCUCAGUGCGGUGGCUUCUCCUACUUCAGAGCCCGGGCUCUGGGGUGCCGGCCGCAGCGCGUGGGCCCAGCAGUUGCGGCCCGCCCCCCCCCCCCCAGCUCUAGAGCAGAGCUGCAGCGCACAGGCUUAGUGGCUCUGCAGCAUGUGGGAUCUUCCCAGACCAGGGAUCGAACCUGUGUCUCCUGCAUUGGC